AAUUAAUGAAAUGGUUGAAAAAGCUGUGCAAUGUUCUGAUUCGAUUAUGAUCGAUAAUAGCAUACAGACCGAAUUGGUUGAAUUGAGAGAUAGUGAAUGUGUUACGGUCAUUGCUGAAUAUACGGUACGUGAUGUACAAACAGAUGAAGUGCAAUUAAUUGAGCAGGAAAUUCAAACUCAUUUAUACGAUGUCUUAGAAGCUAUCGCUCAAACUGAAGACAAUGAAUUUGUUCAGAAGCCAUUUAUAGAAAUGAUAGAAAGUGAAGUGCAAACUGAUCCAAUAAUUAGGGAACGGCGGAAAGCUCUGCCAGGAAUUUCAAGAAUGAAGGAACGACUGCAAGAAACAUCAAGGCGACCAUCAGCUAGUCAAUCGCUAAGUGGCCGGCUAGAGUUAAGUGGGGAUGAAGAAACUACAGAUGAAGAUGAGGGAUCUUACAAUCUUGAUUGGGAUCCCAUUGAUGGUAUGCAUGCUGAAAAGCAGAAACGAGUUCGAGAUUUAAAGCAAUUUUUUGAAACUAGUAAAAGAAAGAAGUCAAUCAGACAAAAAACACGACUUUCAAUACCUUCAUCUUCUUCAGCAAAUUUAAAAAUGUAA